GAGCGCGAGCGGCGGGCUCUCGGGUCUUUUUUAGCGCCAUCUGCUCGCGGCGCCGCCUCCUGCUCCUCCCGCCGCCGCCCUGAGUCACUGCCUGCGCAGCUCGGGCCGCCCGGCUCCCCGCGCUCGCCACCGGAGAGCUGAGCUGGAAAACGAAAUCUGUCAUUUUUGAAAAUAUUUGGCAUUUGUACAACAUGGCAGACAUCGACAACAAAGAACAGUCUGAACUUGAUCAAGAUUUGGAUGAUGUUGAAGAAGUAGAAGAAGAAGAGACUGGUGAAGAAACAAAAAUCAAAGCGCGUCAGCUGACUGUUCAGAUGAUGCAAAAUCCUCAGAUUCUUGCAGCCCUUCAAGAAAGACUUGAUGGUCUGGUAGAAACACCAACAGGAUACAUUGAAAGCUUACCUAGGGUAGUUAAAAGACGAGUGAAUGCUCUUAAAAACCUUCAAGUUAAAUGUGCACAGAUAGAAGCCAAAUUCUAUGAGGAAGUUCAUGAUCUUGAAAGAAAGUAUGCUGUUCUUUAUCAGCCUCUGUUUGAUAAGCGAUUUGAGAUCAUUAAUGCCAUUUAUGAACCUACAGAAGAAGAAUGUGAAUGGAAACCAGAUGAGGAAGAUGAAAUUUCGGAGGAGCUAAAAGAAAAGGCCAAGAUUGAAGAUGAGAAGAAGGAUGAAGAAAAAGAAGAUCCCAAGGGAAUUCCUGAGUUUUGGUUGACUGUUUUUAAGAAUGUUGACUUGCUCAGUGAUAUGGUUCAGGAACAUGAUGAACCUAUUCUGAAGCACUUGAAAGAUAUUAAAGUGAAGUUCUCAGAUGCUGGUCAACCUAUGAGUUUUGUCUUAGAAUUUCACUUUGAACCCAAUGAAUAUUUCACAAAUGAAGUGUUGACAAAGACAUAUAGGAUGAGGUCAGAACCAGAUGAUUCUGAUCCCUUUUCUUUUGAUGGACCAGAAAUUAUGGGUUGUACAGGGUGCCAGAUAGAUUGGAAAAAAGGGAAGAAUGUCACUUUGAAAACGAUUAAGAAGAAGCAGAAACACAAGGGGCGUGGGACAGUUCGCACUGUGACCAAGACAGUCUCUAAUGACUCUUUCUUUAACUUUUUUGCCCCUCCUGAAGUUCCUGAGAGUGGAGAUCUGGAUGAUGAUUCUGAAGCUAUCCUCGCUGCAGACUUUGAAAUUGGUCACUUUUUACGUGAGCGUAUAAUCCCAAGAUCAGUGUUAUACUUCACUGGAGAAGCUAUUGAAGAUGAUGACGAUGAUUAUGAUGAAGAAGGUGAAGAAGCGGAUGAGGAAGGGGAAGAAGAAGGAGAUGAGGAAAAUGAUCCAGACUAUGACCCAAAGAAGGAUCAAAACCCAGCAGAGUGCAAGCAGCAGUGAAGCAGGAUGUAUGUGGCCUUGAGGAUAACCUGCACUGAUCUACCUUCUGCUUUCCUGGAAAGGAUGAAUUUACAUCAUUUGACAAGCCUAUUUCAAGUUUUUUGUUUGUUUGUUUGUUUGCUCAUUUUUGUUUUUGCAGCCUAAAAUAAAAAUGUCAUAUAAUUUUAGUUCUCAAAAGAUAAUGUCUUAAUUUUGUACUAAUUCAGGUAGAAGCAGAGGCCUAGCUUUAAUUAUGUACCCAGUUUACCAUAUUACUGAAGAAAAGGGUGCCAAAUUUGGAAGAGGUACUACUAUAUCUACUAAUAAGAAAGUAUUUUAAAAAAAGAUAAAUUCUUAAAAGAUUUAAUGGUUCUCAUAGAAAGAGUAAAAGGUUAACUUUCAUUUCCUUUGGUCGUAACUAGACUGAGGGCCCCGAGCCUUACAGUUAAUUCCAAUUCCUACUGCUUAAAGUGUGUCGUCAUUUACCCUUGCCUUUUGUUUGACUGUGUAUUAAAAUGGGUAGUGCUGUUGACUCAACUACCUCACAGAUGUGUUAAGGCAUAUUAAGUUAAAAAUUUUAUGAAAUGUUUCUCAGUUGCAUUAAAAACUCAAAACUUUGGACCUGUUGUACCAUAAGUAUGUGAUAGUCAACAUCUUAAUUAUACCAAGGCUUGAUAUGAAUAGUUAAACUGGUAAACCAAGUAUAAGUACCUUUAUUCUGGAUCCAGUUGGGCAACAUUUGUAGAUCUUUGUGUGGCUCCUAUUUUAACAGAAGUAGGUAAUGAGCAGCUGUUUCAAGGGGUCCUAGGAUUUUUUCCAGCUAUUUUAAUUGUGACUAUAUUGUAGUAAAUACUACAGAUGUCACGGAACUAAAGUGGAAAUAAGACCAUUGUUAGAGGCGGAAAAUGCCAUUAAAUUAGGGACUGUAGAGCCACAUUUAAAAUACCUCAGGCUAAAUACUGUUACUUUUGGGGAUGAAUAUUAAAGGUUUGACAGAGUGGACUAAUUGGGUUAUAAUUAUAGGAAAGCCUAGAAUUCCUGGUUUUAAUAAAAUUACAUUGGGCUCAUUUUCAGAGGUGAUAGAGCUUCUGUUUUAAAAAUUUAGUAUUAAGGUCUUAGAAUAUAAACACAUUUUGUUAUUUGUAUAGUACUAUCCAUUCCUCCUGAGAUUUUAAGUACCUACUGGAAAUCCUUAACCAGUUGCAGUAGUUCAUAAAAAAUGCCAUGAAAACACCUUCUGUUUUUCCUCUUCAUUUUCAAAAUGAUUUUGCUUGUUUUAAUUAAACAUUCUGCAGUGAUUUUCUUUUUUUGUACCCAUAGCUCAUUUGAACACAGCUUCUUCUGAACUAAAAAAUUUUAAUCUGAAGAUAGAAUCCCAUUUUUAAUGAACUUAAAAGUAGCAGCAAAACUCUUCCUUUAGGAAAUAGCAGUUGCCAAAGUGAAGAGAUAGAUAACUAUUUCUUGUUAUAUUGGGGGAAUAUGGUCUGCAGAGGAAUUUUUUUUUUUAAAUAAAGUUGGAGUUUCAAGGGAUAUCAGUGUUCAUCAAUUCCAUCUCUCCAGUUUCAAGAUGGUUCUAUUCCAUUUUAGAAAUUUGACAUAUGUAAUUUGAAAUCCUUAAUAAAAUUUGCAUUUAAUUUUAUAAAAUGUA